GAGAUGAAGGUUGAAUUGAACUUCAUCAUCUCUUCCUCUUCAGAUUCAUUUCUUUAUCUCUCCGCCAUAAAGAUAUCUAGUUUCACUAAAUUGGUCUUGAAAUUAGAGUUGAUUGAUGACAAGGACAAAAAGAAGGCCAUGAAAACUGUUUCCACCCUCCCAGGGAUUGAUUCAAUUGCCAUUGAGGUGAAGGAGAAGAAACUAACUAUAAUUGGGAAUGUUGAUCCAAUAGUGGUGGUGGGAAAGCUGAGGAAAUCAUGGCACACAGAGAUACUAACAGUGGGGCCUGCAAAGGAGCCAGAGAAUAAAAAAGUUGAAGAAAAGAAGGGUAACCAAGCCCAAGGUGAUCAACAACAAAUUGCUGAGUUGAUGAAGCUUUACACAAGUUACAAUCCACAGUACUAUGAUGUUUAUAGUGCAGAAGAAGACCCAAAUGGUUGUGUUAUAUCUUAAUUAGUAAGGGUAAGAUGUGAAAAACUUGUGCAUAUAUGAAUGUUUGAGUUGAUGAUCAUGGGAUAUGAUGGGAGUUCGAUUU